AUGCAGUCACAACUUGCGACUCUGGUCGCAAUGAUCAACUCGAUAUCCAACAGUCUUCAAGCAGGGAUCACCCCGAUCGUCCGAGUCCCCAGCAACUGCUCCGAAUGGAUCUCUCGAGUGCUCGACGGUGGCGCUCAGGCUGUGAUCGUACCGCACGUCAACAGCGCCGCUGAAGCCCGAGACGUCGUCCGAUGCGCCAAGUUCCAGCCAUUGGGAGAACGGUCGGCGACGUCUGGUCUGCCGUUGUUCAAGUAUCGCAGCGUCGGGGCCAAAUACGGGAAUUUGGUCGCCAACGAGGCUACCCUGGUCAUCGUCAUGAUCGAGACGGAAAGGGCUCUCGAGGUGGCCGACGAGAUAGCGAUGGUCGAAGGCGUCGACAUGAUCCUCAUCGGUACCAACGAUCUCUCCGCCGACAUGGGUAUCGCUGGCGAGUUCGACCACCCCAAGAUCGCCGCCGCCUACCGCACUGUAGCAUCCGCCUGCCAUAAAGCCAGCCAAGCGUCGGGCCAGAUCAAGUCUCUCGGCGUAGGCGGGCUCAACUCUCGGCUCGAUCUGCUGGAAAGAUUCACUCGCGAGGACGAGUUUGGCGUGUCCAGGUACAUCAUGAGCGCGACCGAUAGUCCGAUCUUGAUGGCAGGGAUGACGAGCAAGGUCAAGCAGAUGUCGGAGCUAGAGGCCAAACUGCAAUGAUCUGAUGCGAGGCCACCCCGAUUGCCUUUGAAGGGUCUGAUAGAGCAUGCGUUGUACGAUAGGUGGAGACUGCGGGGGCUGGGGAGAUUGUAAGAAACGAUUAGCGAUCUGAUUAGCACAGGUCCUUGUUCUCUUGCGCGGGUCAUUAGCAUUUCGACUAAGU